AUGUGGAGUUUUCUGACUGACACAACGACGCAGGCUGCUUCUAAUCAAAGAGAAAGACAGGCAAUGUCAACUGAGAGAUUGAACCAGCCAAGUGACAGAAUCAAAGAAAGCAGGAGAACUAUGCUGGAGAGAGAAGAGCUUGGUGUCUCGAUCCUUGAAGAUUUGCAUCAACAACGUGAAACUCUCCUUCAUUCUCAUAAGAAGCUUAAUGGUGUAGAUGAUGCCAUUGACAAGAGUAAGAAAAUCUUGUCUGCCAUGUCUAGAAGGAUGACUAAGAACAAGUGGAUCGUCGGCUCCAUAAUUGCCUCGACCCGAGUUGAGACAUUGCUUAAUGGUGUAGAUGAUGCCAUUGACAAGAGUAAGAAAAUCUUGUCUGCCAUGUCUAGAAGGAUGACUAAGAACAAGUGGAUCGUCGGCUCCAUAAUUGCCUCGACCCGAAACAACUACCUUCUCCCUCCUUCCUUCCUACCUCCAUUGGAUUCCACAGCCGUCACGCUGUCCUUCACGGCUCCUAUACCUUCCCGAGCUCUUUCUCUCUCCUUCAAAUAG